AGAAGAAACAAAUAAGUAAAUAUAAAGAAACUCUGCAGCGAUGCUCAGGUGAGAGUUUUUGGGAAAUGUUGCCAACUGAAGCCUGGAGGAGACAGUUCUUCCUCCUUGGACAGUUCCAUUAAUUCCUCCUCCUCGUUCUCUGAUCCAAAAGAACAAUGUCCAAAAUACCAGGGUUCUCGGUGCUCCUCAGAUGCUAACAUGCUCGGGGAGAUGAUGUUUGGCUCUGUGGCCAUGAGCUACAAGGGCUCCACACUGAAAAUUCACCAGAUCCGCUCACCUCCUCAGCUCAUGCUCAGCAAGGUUUUCACAGCUCGCACUGGAAGCAGCAUCUACGGCAGCCUGAACACGCUGCAGGACAGUCUUGAGUUCAUUAAUCAAGACAGCAAUACCUUAAAGCCUGAUCACAGUACAAUUAUGAAUGGACUUCUUGGGAAUAUAGGUCUCUCACAGCUUUGCAGCCCUAGGCGGGCGUUCUCAGAGCAAGGUCCGCUCCGCCUGAUCCGGAGCGCCUCUUUCUUUGCAGUUCAUAGCAACCCUAUGGAUAUGCCUGGGAGGGAGCAGAGUGAGGACAGAGACAGCGGUAUAGCAAGAUCUGCAUCUCUCAGCAGCCUGCUCAUCACCCCCUUUCCAUCUCCGGGCUCCUCCUUUAACAAGAGCUGUGCCAGCAGCUACCAGCGGCGCUGGCGGCGCAGUCAGACGACCAGCUUGGAGAACGGGGUCUUCCCUCGAUGGUCCAUGGAUGAAAGCUUCAACUUGUCAGAUGACAGCUCUGGUCCUAGCCCAGGGAUUGUUAGGAAGAAGAAGAUAGCAAUUGGAGUUAUUUUUUCACUCUCAAGAGAUGAAGAUGAAAACAACAAGUUUAAUGAGUUCUUCUUCUCACACUUCCCUCUUUUUGAGAGUCACAUGAACAAGCUGAAGAGUGCAAUAGAACAGGCUAUGAAAAUGAGUCGUAGAUCAGCUGAUGCCAGUCAGCGGAGUUUGGCAUAUAACAGAAUUGUUGAUGCCCUGAAUGAAUUCAGAACGACUAUUUGCAACCUCUACACCAUGCCGCGGAUUGGGGAGCCUGUCUGGCUUACCAUGAUGUCAGGGACACCAGAGAAGAACCAGCUGUGCCACCGCUUCAUGAAGGAGUUCACCUUCUUGAUGGAAAACGCUUCUAAAAACCAGUUUUUACCAGCUUUACUGACUGCAGUCCUGACUAACCACUUGGCCUGGGUCCCGACCGUCAUGCCCAACGGCCAGCCGCCUAUCCGCAUCUUCCUGGAGAAGCAUUCGUCCCAGAGCGUGGACAUGCUGGCCAAAACCCACCCCUACAACCCCCUGUGGGCACAGCUGGGUGACCUCUAUGGGGCCAUUGGAUCACCUGUGAGAUUGGCAAAGACAGUUGUGGUUGGCAAAAGGCACGACCUGGUACAGAGAUUGCUUUAUUUCCUCACUUACUUCAUCAGAUGCUCCGAGCUUCAAGAGACCCAUCUCCUAGAGAACGGGGAAGACGAAGCCAUCGUCAUGCCUGGGACUGUUAUCACGACCACGCUGGAGAAAGGAGAAGUGGAAGAGUCUGAGUAUGUGCUUGUCACCAUGCACAAGAACAGGGGCAACUUGCUGCCCAGCGAGUGUGAGGAAAUGAGAACUUCUAACUGCAGCUGUAAAUACUGCAAAUGUCCCGUGGCCCUGGCACAGGCCACGGAAGGUGUCCCGCAGCCGGACAGAGACGAUGCACAGGACACUCCUCAGGCAGAGCUGGAGUCUUCCUCAGAUGAGAACAGAACCAUUGUCCCUGACGACAGCCAGGAGGAUGCUGUGGAGGUCAA